AAAUACCUAAAUGCAGAACGUGACAGAAAUGUUCUCUCAUAUGGAGAAUGAUGUGUUCCCUCCUGAGUGGGUUGGGCCAGGUAACACACUUGUCGCCAGGUGAGGACACACUUCCAAACCGGCAACACAGCAGCAUCCAUCAUACUGCAGGGUUUCACCUGAAGACAUCAUUUAAAACCUAUGCUGCCUUAUUGUUUUAUUUCACCCAUUCUCUACAACUGGUCCGCAUUUGGUAUGAACACAGGUAGGAGGAUUUUCCUCUCUAUUUUAGCAGUUUAAUGCAUAACCAUCUGGACAACAUUGGAACUUUUUACACGUCUUUGUAAACUUUAUUGGCAGAUUGGGCUUUUCUUACUCAACAUAGUUGUUUUAUUGACAUUGAGUUUGGGAAAUGGUAGGUAUUAUUUAAUUUAUACUUUGAUCAAAGUAUUGGUUGGACAAUAUAUUGAUUUGAUUUGGUUUAAGUUGGGCAUUAAAUAGUUGAACCCAUCUGGCAACAAUGAAAUAAGUUGUUGAGGCAAAUAAGUGUAUGCAGAAUGUAUGCAAUAACAACAUAAUAUGUCGUUAUAAACCAAUCAUAGUUUGUGGAGUGUAGAAAAAAAACCCCACAAUUGCUAGCUCCUUUUUAUUCCAUGGAUUUUCUCCUAGAAUAGAUGAAUUUGGGGCCUACUGACUUUUUGGUUCCAGGUGCCUUAGUUUGUGGGUUUAGUAGAACUGACUAUACACAAAAAUCCCAAGUGUAAAAAUGAAUUUUUACAGUAUUUAAUCUAACACUUUACUGGGUUUAGUUGAACAAACACAAACACUGCAAGUGUUAUAGGAUUUGGCUGUCAAAGCUUCCCUGGAAUAACUCAAACCUUUUUGGAGAUAAGUCACAGGACAGGACAAGCAAGUUUUCUUCUUUGUGUUCCUAUUUAUGCCUAUGUAAAUUAGAACUUCAUACUUUGCAUAGUUUAAGGACUCGUCAUGCCAUGCUGAAGCUAAAGUGCACUGAGAUCCACCUUUUACAGUUUUGCUGAGAGUCCAUUGAGUCUGGUGUAGAUUUGCUUCUUCAGCCAGAUGAGAGAAAGAUGACCCAUGUAACAAAAUCAACAACAGGCAGCGAUAGCACCGUGGAGAGCAGUCCAGCUCAAGACGUCCGAGUGAUCUCAGAGGAGCAUGAGGGAUUGAGUAUUAUAACUCCACAAUCAUCCCUCACCAACUACAAACAGAGGAGUGAGGAAUUCAGGAAAACCUUCAAAGAAUUGUCUGAGUCAGAAAGACUUAUAGUGGACUACAACUGUGCUCUGCAAAAAGACAUUUUACUGCAUGGACGCAUAUACCUCACAGAGAACUGGAUCUGUUUCCACAGUAAUGUAUUUUGGGGAACAAAGAUUAUGGUGAAUAUGAAAGAUAUUGCAUCCAUGUCGAGGGAGAAGACAGCUCGACUGAUACCAAAUGCCAUACAGAUCAUUCAGACCAAUACAGAAAAGCUCUUCUUCACGUCUUUUUCUGCAAGGGAGAAAAGUUACCAGAGCAUUUUUCGUCUAUGGCAGAAUUUUCUCUUGGAAAAGCAACUGACCGGGCAAGAGCUCUGGCAGAUGGUCAAACAGCAUUAUGGCAAUGACUUGGGUUUGAGCCAGGAAGAAAUGAACUGUAUGCAGAUGAUGGUAGACACAGUUGCACAUAACCAGCCUAGCUUGAACAUGAAAGCAGAGGAUCACGCUGUAAAAUUAGAGAGACCUUCCUCUCUACGACUUCCUCAGACGGAGCAGACGUCACAUGAGGCCUCGACGCCACAGGGAGACGACACACAGUCAUCCAUCGGACUGCAGAGCACACUAUCUCCGAAUGGGGAUGAUGUGCGGAGCACACCGUCUCAGCCACGCAGUCCUAAUCUUUCCCUGGACCGCAUCAGCAAUGAACGAGUGGCCAAGCACUCUUCUCUGUCCUUGGAUCUGAAUGCCAACGAGGACCGAAUCUCGGAUAAUAGCCUGUCCGAUAGCAUGGAGGACGUGGAACGAGAUUGUGUGUCCCAGGCGUCUCAGGGAAGGCUGUACAUGAACAGGGUGUUCCGUUUCAGUGCUGACAAAAUGUUUGAGCUGCUUUUCACGGAUUCAUAUUUUAGCCGGCGGUUUAUGAAUGCCAGGAAGAUCACUGGUGCAACCUCUACGUCUUGGCAAAGGGACGCCUCUGGCUCUAUGAAGAGAAGUUUAAACUACACCAUCACCAUCACCAACCCACUAGUGGGUAAAUUUUCCACUGCAACAGAAAACCAGACUUUAUAUAAGGAAUCUAGGGAAGGUCAUUACUACUUGGUGGAUUCAGAGGUCUACACACAUGAUGUUCCAUACCAUGACUACUUCUACACUCUGAAUCGCUACUGCAUCAUACGCAACUCGAAGCACAAAUGUAGACUUCGGAUUUACACUGAUGUGAAAUACAAGAAGCAACCAUGGGGAUUUGUUAAGUCUUUUAUCACCAAAAACUCCUGGAGUGGCCUGGAGGACUACUUCAGGCACCUUGAGGCGGAGCUUCUUGAGGAGGAGGCGGAGUUGACCCAGGGAUCCAGCGACGCUGGAAAAGGCGGCUUGCGUAGAAGGCGGAGGACCUUCAGUCGCACGCUGCAGGAGCACAUGAGACCCAGCAGAUCGUACAGUGUAGACCCCGAGCAGCACAGAGAAAGCUCAAUAGGCGCAGCAGACACUAAGAAUACACAAACGUGGAACAUCACUUUCAUUAUUGCUGGAAUGAGCUUAAUACUGUUGAUUCUGUCCAUACUGAACCUGGGACUGUUCUUUAAACUAUGGGCCAUGGAGGACGUGGCGCAUCGUAUGUACUUAAGCACAAAGCAGCGAAUGAAGGAACGGGCCGAGGCCAGUUUGACACCUGACCUGGGCCCUCGAGAGACAUUCCAGAGGACCCAAGAGGAGACGCGCUUACUGAGGGCCGUGCUACAGGACUCCAUCAACCUUCUAGAACAGUUACGCAACUCUCUCGUGGUGCUUCAGCAGAACUUCCAGGUGCCCAAUAAGACGGCCACUUAGCUAUGACAUUCUGCCUGGUGACCCACAGAGCGCAGGGGAAUUUGGCCCACAAGGCUUUGCCGACAUCAGGGGACGUUGUCGUAGGCAACGGUUACCUCAGAGAUGCCUUUUUGCCAACGGGUGUUACUACCUCAGGCCUUCUGCGCUGUGGAUGUUUUUGAGCCAUGUGUGGGUGUGUAGGGAUUUGUGCUGGCACAGGGAGCAAUGCAGGCCCAUUGCCCCUGCAAAUUGUGACCUCAGGGUACAUUUUAAAUUCACAGGUGUUUCCUUUUCCCUUUUGAUUAUAGUAUAAAUGCUUGUAGUCAUCUGCCCUUAAUUAUUGAAUGUAUUGUGUGUGUGUGUGUGUGUGUGUGUGUGUGUGUGUGUGUGUGUGUGUGUGUGUGUGUGUGAGAGAGAGAGAGAGAGAGAGAGAGAGAGAGAGUGUGAGUGUGAGUGUGAGAAGUAAGAAGGCAUAAUGACGAUAGAUGUUAAUAUUCCGUUGUCACACUGUUAACCAGGGCAUUAAGUUUUAAAAGUUUAUUUUACCAUGUUGGUAAAUCUGCUAAUGCCUAAAAACUGAUUUUGAUGUUUCUAGAAAUGUUUGCACCUUUGAACACUGUUGAAUGAUGUAUAUUCUGCCUGGUCAUAUAUGACUUAUUACAGCUGUAUGCAGAAUACAGAGUUUUAGUUUCUAGAUUCUGUAGUGGUGUAUGUAUGGGGGUUUUUAAAAAAAUGAUUUUUCUGGAAUAUUUUAUGUUUCUCUGGAGGAAUAUAUGUACAGUAAAGUUAUAAAUAAUGUGGAAUUGGUGUGCAAAAUUUUAGUUGAUUUUUAUAUUUUAGCGAUAGGAUGUUUACACUACAUUUUGAUGCAAUUUGUAAUUGUACAGAAGGUUAUAAGGAUUCAAAUGGUAGUGAUAACAUUUCCACACAAAUUGUCCAAAGAUGGUAGAAUUUAAAUGAUUUUAUUGUCAUUUUUAAUAUGAAAUGGAUGUCAAAGCAUAAGCCAAGCCUUGUAAAUCUUUCUCAGGAAAUAUUUUUUCUUUUCCUCAUAUAUGGACAUUUUAAAUAAAUUAUCAUAAAAUUGUGGUUUA